GUGAAUUUGAUGUGGCAGAUAAUCUAGAAGGGUAAGUGAAAAAAAAUAGGUUUCUUACUAAUUGCAUGGAGUAAGAAUGCCGGAGUUAAGAAGUGGAGCACGGAGAUCGAGACGCCUUGAUGAUCUACAGCCUAACCCUCAACUGAUCGAUCAAACAGAGAAUUGCGUACUUCCUCCUCAGACUGGAACAAGGAGAAGAGGUGGUGGACGAGGAAGGGGUAAUGCAGCAGCUUUAGCUAAAGGGGCUGCGCCACCAAGACCAACAGCUGCCUGUAGGGGCAGGGGUAUCAGGUUGAUAGACUUAGAGCCAGAACCUUGUGACCUUCAUCCUGCAGGAGGUGCUAUAGGGGCAGCUGAACCUGCAUUUAAUCGAGCUGAAGGCGUAGCUGAUAAAGAUAUCGCUGUGGAAGGUGGUAGUGCAGAGAAAGUAAUCGGGAUGGAAGAAGACUCCAGCACAGCUCCAGUCCCUGAAAGGGUACAAGUUGGCAACUCUCCUGUUUAUAAAACUGAGAGGAAACUUGGCAAGGGUGGCUUCGGUCAAGUUUAUGUUGGCAGAAGGGUGACUGGUGGCAGUGAUAGGAUUGGACCCGAUGCAAUUGAGGUCGCUCUGAAAUUUGAGCACCGAAAUAGUAAAGGCUGCAAUUUUGGACCACCUUAUGAGUGGCAAGUGUACAAUACACUCAAUUGUUGCUAUGGAAUUCCUUCAGUACAUCAUAAGGGUCGUCAAGGAGAUUUUUACAUUCUGGUCAUGGACAUGCUUGGCCCAAGCCUCUGGGAUGUUUGGAACUCUUUGGGUCAAUCGAUGUCUCCAAAUAUGGUAGCCUGCAUUGCAGUCGAGGCCGUAUCUAUUCUUGAGAAGCUUCAUAUGAAGGGGUUUGUGCAUGGAGACGUGAAGCCAGAAAAUUUUUUACUUGGUCAGCCUGGAACGGCGGAUGAGAAGAAACUCUACCUUAUUGAUCUUGGUCUAGCAUCAAGAUGGAAGGAUGCACACUCUGGCCAGCAUGUUGAAUAUGAUCAAAGGCCUGACGUGUUUAGGGGAACCAUAAGGUAUGCCAGCGUUCAUGCGCAUUUAGGUCGUACUGGAAGCCGGAGGGAUGAUCUGGAGUCCUUGGCAUACACACUGAUUUUUCUGAUGAGAGGAAGGUUGCCAUGGCAAGGAUAUCAGGGUGACAACAAGAGCUUUCUUGUCUGCAAGAAAAAGAUGGCAACCUCUCCUGAAUUGAUGUGUUGUUUUUGCCCUCCUCCGUUUAAGCAGUUUCUUGAGGCAGUUACUAAUAUGAAGUUUGACGAAGAGCCCAACUAUGCCAAGCUUAUAGCAAUUUUUGACACUUUAAUCGAACCAUGUGCUCUAUCCAGGCCAAUCAGAAUUGAUGGUGCUCUUAAGGUUGGGCAAAAACGUGGAAGACUAGUUAUUAAUUUAGAAGAGGAUGAACAACCAAGAAAGAAAAUUAGAAUAGGGAGUCCAGCUACGCAGUGGAUUUCAGUCUACAAUGCACGCCGUCCCAUGAAGCAGAGAUAUCACUACAACGUCGCGGAUUUAAGGCUGCACCAGCAUGUGGAGAAGGGUAAUGAGGACGGCCUUUUCCUUAGCUGUGUAGCAUCUUCAACUAAUCUCUGGGCCCUAAUCAUGGAUGCUGGAACGGGAUUCACUUCUCAAGUCUAUGAAUUGUCCUCCGUCUUCCUGCACAAGGACUGGAUUAUGGAACAAUGGGAAAAGAACUAUUAUAUCAGUUCCAUAGCUGGUGCAAAUAAUGGGAGCUCAUUGGUUGUUAUGUCGAAAGGAACACCUUAUACCCAACAAUCUUACAAAGUGAGCGACUCAUUUCCGUUCAAGUGGAUAAACAAGAAGUGGAAGGAAGGCUUCCAUGUGACGUCUAUGACCACUGCUGGGAGUCGUUGGGGUGUGGUAAUGUCCAGAAACUCUGGCUACUCUGAUCAGGUGGUGGAACUUGACUUUCUGUACCCAAGCGAAGGAAUACAUAGGAGGUGGGAGGGUGGAUACAGGAUAACAUCGAUGGCAGCAACUGCAGACCAGGCAGCUUUCAUAUUGAGCAUUCCUAAACGAAAAAUGCUGGACGAAACCCAGGAAACUCUCCGUACGACUGCAUUCCCAAGCACCCAUGUCAAGGACAAAUGGGCAAAAAAUCUGUACAUUGCAUCGAUAUGCUAUGGUCGGACAGUGUGCUGAUUCCCACCAUCACCAAGGAGGUUAGGUUAACCUUGUGGAUGACUCAUAGGAAGCGACAUGGAGCUUGCUUCAGUCUGAAAGGUAAAACCUGGCAACUCGUUUCUGUAAUUGAAUGUAUUGUUGCAUAUGUAUGUAGAACACGAUAAAUGGAAAACCAAAAAAAAAAGAAAAGGAAGAAUAGGAAGAAGGUGGUAAAAGAGAGGAAAUUUUAGUGGAAUCCGAGAGCUGGAAAAUGUAUUUCUGGCCCCACCAUUGCUCCCUACAUAUUAUUAUAUGUAUGCUCCUAUAGGGGCCACAGGAAAAAGGGGGCAUAUGUUUGUUAAGAAAAAGAACAUAUAUGUGAGGCUUUGCCACCAUGUUUGUGCUUUUUUUUAUUGCUAUAAUUAUCAUUUUGUGCC